AUGGUAAGAAUGUAUGAGAAAAGCCAAUUAAUGGUUGGUUCAAGAGAUGAGAUUUGUCCAAGAAUCAGAUUGAAGAUUGAGGAGGAAAAAAUGAAGUCUAGGUUUUGCAUUCCAAGGUCAUCUACGGCUUCCAGAUUCGAAGUUGAAGUAAAUGAUGACACGUUUAUGGUUGAUCUGAAUGAGAAGACAUGUACUUGCAGACAGUGGGAUAUAUUGGUGAUACCAUGUAACCAUGCUAUCUCAUGCAUCAACUUCAUGAAGUGUAACGUAAAUGACUACGUAGCUGAUUGCUUCAAGAAAGCUGCGUACGAGCGUUGCUACCAAUUUGCAUUACCUACCUUGAAUGGAAGGAAGAUGUGGCUAGAGACUAGUGAAGAGCCUUUAUUGCCUCCACCAUUUAGAAAGCUUCCGGGGAGGCCCAAGAAAGACAGGAAGAGACCCAAUGGUGAGAAGAAAAAGGAUGAGAAAAGCAAAAGAAUAAGGAAGCCAAGGGUCACCAACACCGAUCCUACUAAAAUAUCUAUAUCCGGUAUUACCAUGAAAUGCUCCAAUUGUCAUGGUAUUGGACACAACAAGACAACAUGCCCCCAACCUUCGGCACCUUUAGCGAUCAAACUAAUGGGCAAAAGAGGUAGGCCAAGGAAGCAUUCAAAGCAUCCAACCAUUAAAGGAGGGGCAUCUAACAAACAAAGUGAAAGUACCACAGCUGGAUAUGUAAGAGCACAAUCAAAUAUUGCCAGAUUUCAGAAGAGGAGGAUGCCUGGUAGUAACAUAGUACAAGAAAUUCAUCAAGGUGGUGCAAAUCAUACGGUGGAUCUUUCAAGCCAAAUUUCUAGACCCUCUCAAACUCAACAAUCUCAAAGUGAAGCAAGGCAAUGAACCUGUAGGGAGAGUUGGAUGUUUGGUGUAAAGCUUGUUCUGUAAAGCUUGUUCAAGUUUAGUAUAUAUUAACUUUUUUUGGAUGGUUGUGAUAUAGAACAUGCUUUUGGACCUCUGUUGUCUG